AUGAGGUUCAACGUCGCCGCUGCCGCCAGCGCGGCGCUUCUCGUUAGCGGUGUCUACGCCCAUGGCGACCACGGUGACCAUGGCGACCAGAAGGUGCUCAAGGACGACAGCGCCUCGAGCGCGGCCGCCGAGUCAUCCACCGCGGUAGCACCGGAGCUACCGACUUUUACUCCCACCAAGCUCAAGGCCCCGUUCCUCGAGCAAUUCACAGAUGACUGGGAGAAGCGAUGGAAGCCAUCGCACGCCAAGAAGGACAGCAAGGAUGACGAGGAGUGGGCGUACGUUGGCGAGUGGGCUGUCGAAGAGCCCAUCGUCUACAAGGGCAUGGAGGGCGACAAAGGCCUUGUCGUCAAGAACGCCGCUGCCCACCACGCCAUCUCGGCGAAGUUCCCCAAGAAGCUGGACCCCAAGGGCAAGACCCUGGUUGUUCAGUAUGAGGUCAAGCUCCAGAACGGCCUCGAGUGCGGCGGUGCCUACAUGAAGCUCCUCCGUGAGAACAAGGCCCUGCACCUUGACGAGUUCUCCAACACCACGCCGUACGUCAUCAUGUUCGGCCCCGACAAGUGCGGCCACACCAACAAGGUCCACUUCAUCUUCAACCACAAGAACCCCAAGACUGGCGAGUAUGAGGAGAAGCAUCUCACUUCGCCUCCUGCAGCCAAGAUCGUCAAGACCACCGAGCUCUACACCCUCAUCGUCCACCCCAACAACACGUAUAUCAUCCAGCAGAACGGCGAGCAGAUCAAGGAGGGCAGCCUCCUUGAGGACUUCACCCCGGCUGUCAACCCCGCCAAGGAGAUUGAUGACCCCAAGGACAAGAAGCCGGAUGACUGGGUUGAUGAGGCCCGCAUCGCCGAUCCCGAAGCCAAGAAGCCCGAGGACUGGGAUGAGGAUGCGCCGUACGAGAUCGUCGACGAGGAGGCCACGAAGCCCGAUGACUGGCUUGUUGACGAGCCUCUGACCGUCCCCGACCCGGAGGCCCAGAAGCCCGAGGACUGGGAUGACGAGGAGGACGGUGACUGGAUCGCCCCCACGGUUCCCAACCCCAAGUGUGCCGAUGCUUCUGGAUGCGGCCCGUGGGUCAAGCCCAUGAAGAAGAACCCCGACUACAAGGGCAAGUGGACCGCGCCGCUCAUUGACAACCCGGCCUACAAGGGCGUCUGGGCUCCUCGCAAGAUUAAGAAUCCUGAUUACUUUGAGGACAAGACGCCUGCCAACUUCGAGCCCAUUGGUGCUAUCGGCUUUGAGAUCUGGACCAUGCAGAACAACAUCCUCUUUGACAACAUCUAUAUUGGCCACUCGGCCGAGGAUGCCCGCAAGCUGGCCGACGAGACCUUCUUCGUCAAGCACCCCUUGGAGGAGCUUGCCGAGGUUGCCGACAAGCCCAAGGAGGACGAGACCAAGCCCACGUCACCGACCGACCUCAAGUUCACCGACGACCCGGUCACGUACAUCAAGGAGAAGCUUGAUCUCUUCAUCACCAUCGCCAAGAAGGACCCGAUUGAGGCCAUCAAGUUCGUUCCCGAGGUUGCCGGUGGCCUCGCCGCCCUUACCGUAACUGCGAUUGCCAUCCUCGCCAGCCUCGUCUCGCUAGGUGGCUCUCCUGUUCCUGCGGCCAAGAAGGUUGCUACCGAUGUUAAGGAGAAGGCCAAGGACGUGAAGGACAAGGUUGCCGAGGCGGCGGCGACGGGGGCUGAGGCGGCCAAGGCGGAGGUGAACAAGCGGGCAACACGGAGCCAACAGUAG